CCUGUCCCUGUGCCUGUCCCUGUCCUUCAGCUCUGGCAAGUGCUGUAGUGUCUGUGGUACGGUUUCUCUUUCAGCGGUCGGAUAGCAUUAGACCUGCACUGAACAGUCCUGUGGAAAGGCGAAACGGUGACCAGGAGGAGGGAGAAGCUUCUGCACAGACUGAGCAUAUGCCUCUGGACCUCAGUCCUAGGCUAGAGGACACCUUGGACUUCAGCGAAGCAGAAGUGGAGCCCAGUGAGGGGGAAGACUUUGAGGCUCGGGGGAGCCGCUUCUCCAAGUCUGCUGAUGAGAGACAGCGCAUGUUAGUCCAGCGCAAGGAUGACCUCCUGCAGCAGGCUCGGAAGCGUUUUUUGAACAGAAGUUCUGAAGAUGACUCAGCCUCAGAGAGCCGCCUCCCCUCGGAGGGUGUGACCUCUGACCCUGUGACCCUGCGUCGAAGGAUGCUGGCUGCUGCAGCAGAGCGCAGACUUCAGAAGCAGCGGACCUCCUAGCGCCUCUUGGCCUCCCUCAGCCACCGCCUCCUGAGCAGUGUGCCGCUGGAAGAGGCCUGCUCCUGGUUCUGCCUGCUGGUUGAAGAGGCAGGCUUGACUGCAUUGCUGCUGUACAAAGCAUGUGGUCUCAAUAAUGUUUGGACAGCUGACAACCUUAAUCCUUUUUUGUAAUACUUUCUAUGUGACAGUCUCUACCCUAUAGAAACACUACACAAUCAUUUUAACUCUAGGCAUGCUCUUUUCUGGCAUUGACUGGACUUCUUAGGGGCGGGGGAAGAGCAGAGGAAGUGGGCAACCAGAGACCCUGAAGCAGGCAGCUUUGAUGACUGCCUUAUGCAUAAGUCACAGCAAAUGCUGGUUUCUUUAGCACCAAGUCUGGCAGGAAUCGUGGUUGGGGGUGUGGGGGAGGAUUCAUAGCCAGCAGCGUGGCGACACACAGCAUGAGCCCAGUGCCCGGCAGCGGGUGCUUUCCUUUGCCACGCUGCUGCUCUUCUUGAGGAGGGACUCGAGCUACAGAGGCCAGAACUGUGGGCCGCUGGACCUCUGGACCAGCAGGGCAUCUUGGAAGAACACUCCUGGUUUGCUACCCAGGCAGAGGAGGGGAAAGCCUAAGGCCAUGGCGUGAGAAGGGGCCGCUGGUCCCAGCACAUCUGGGGCUCCUUCUGAGCCCCCAGUCCAAAGCUGGCUUCGCUUCCAUUAAUGCCGGUGCUCCCACUUCUCCCAAGUACAUCCUGCAUCUGUCCUUUCCUCUCUGCCUUUCAUUGCCUUCCCUGGACAUGGGGAAGUUCAGCACUGGAAGGGUUAAGUGGCAAACUUUGGUUUGUGGUUUUCAUUCUUUGGUCAAAUAAAUUAAGCAAUGCCCACA